AUUCCAAAUCGCAGACAUGUUGCCUGUGAGCUAGUAAUUUUAGCGAGACAGCGUCAGACAUCGUGUUGCUUCUCGCUAUGUUUUGAUUACGUCAUCAAACAAGGCGACUAAGGUUCUUCACACUAUUUGAUUAUAAACUUUUGGUCUUCAAAACCAAAAACCGAUAAUGCAUUUGUAGCGGCGGAUAGUUUUCGGCGACAAGUUUUCGGUCACAUUUCUAAUUCUUACAUUGAACCAGAUGAACCAGAAGUUAUUUAGUUAUUGCAUUCAUUCAUUUUCCAAGCCUUUUAUCGUCAUUUGACCGAUUAUAUUAUUUUCUUAGAUUUUGGCACAAGAUGAAUUAAGAUGUGAUUGGACAUGUCAGAGCAGAUACCUCUCUUUCUUACAAUGAAAGAAUCUUGAGAAACCAAAAUGAGCAAUUGCAGACUGGAAGGAGAUCAAAUUGAGAAAUAUUUGUGACUGGCACAAUAUACAGUAGGGUUGUGUGGUGAGGUCAGGAAAAGAGGCAGCAGUGAGGCAAAUUUAAGAAAUAAAAUACUUUGCUCAUCCAUCUUUCACUGAGACAUGAAAGAUCGUGAGUCCAAGUAAGGAGAUCAACACGAUCUCAUAGCUGUCCCUUGGUGAGAUCUUGAAAGGAGACAACUGUGAGACUUUAUUAAGAAAUUGUGCCAGAGGAACGAUUCUCAAGACCUUCUCAUGUAAUGCUCACUGUGAGACUUACUUCUCACGAGACAAAUUUGAGAAAACUGAAAUAAUCCACUCUGGUCUUGAUUAUUGCUGAUUUCCUUCUCAGAGAUGUAAAUGACAUAAACGAAAUCUCAUCUUUAAUUUAGCUUUGCUAUGGGUGCAUUCACAAAUUUAGUCUUGUUGCCAAUAGCAAAGUAGAAAUUGGAUCAGAGAGCUAGCAAAUUUAAGAUAUUCCAAAGGUUUUUUGUAGCUUUUUAUAGCUAGCUAACGAUCAGAAUGACCAACAUGAAUUUGUAAUUUACUAAUCUGAAUUUUUUUUUUUAACUUUAUAACUGUACAUCAAAGGUAAACUGCGUCAUUUCCCGCUCAUUCCAACCCAGACGCAGUGAAUUUGUCUGAUGCAGUUACAUAACAAAAAUAAAACCAAACACUCAAGUGUGUUUCCUCUUCCCUUUUAGCCUUCAUCUAAUUGAAGACAGCAAGACUUUCCACAGGAAUUAUUCAGGAGCGUUGUGUAGAAUUAAUAGGAGAGGUGAAAGAUCACAUCUGUCGGCACCUCAAUUUACUGAAGGUUAGGGUCUGGACAGUUGUGACGAAAUGUCAACUAAUAAAGAAUAAGUGCCGGAAUAAGAACACAAGGUUGAAGGGUAAAGUUUGGCUUCUCCUCACAGAACUUCUCAUGUUUAAGCCUCUGUGGAAACUUGGCUGUGCUCUUUGCUGCUUUGCUUUCCAGACCUGAGACCAUCCAAGACCCAAGUAGGGCAGCUAAUAUAGUGACGGUCACAAAGGCAGCUUCUUCUUACCCCUUCCAAGCCUUCAACAGAAGGGAAGAAGUCGUGUGUAUCCACGGAAAAAUGAUGUGAAGUGUGUUGGUGUGAAGAGACAUGGCCACCCAUCAAAAGCCAGUUUAUUUCAUCUGGAAAACCUGACAAAUUCAAGUGGGACAUUGAAGCUCAAUGGGUCACGUGUACGUGAGUCACUGAGGAAACUAAACAAAUACAGUACAAGUACAACAACCAAUGUUUGUUAAUCUAAUAGAGGAAGUGGAUUGUCGCUUAGCUAUUUUGUCUAAAUUUCCACUUGUGUUUGAUUGACCACAAAACUGCUUUCCCAGCAGCUCUGCUAAGAACUUUCUGUAUUCUGGCUUCCCGCUUUUGGUCUCUGGCGGCGGAAUCCCGAGGCCUCCGUACUCAAGUUCUGGCAAAGCGUUCAAGGCGUUUGGAAAGAAAAAGAGGACAAUUGCCCAGUCCGUCGUCAUAAUGUGAGAGUCAAGAUCAACGCCACUGAGGACACAAUCAUCAUGAAGUUUGUGCGACCGAGUCCCGACUUGAAGCUGGAAGGUUACAUUCUGGGUUAUGGCAGCAGCGUCUCUUCCAGACAGUUCAUCGCAUUGCCCGAAAAUGGCGUACCCUACCAGGCCGAGAUGGAGGCAGAACCAAAGUACCUGGUGGCCGUGCAGCCUAUCCUUCCCAACGACGUGACCAAACACUGUACAGGAAAGGUGAACUUGGAUGAGCCACUCAAUCUGGUGAUUGGUCCAGUCAGCCCAACAGCAGUGCUGCUGUCCUGGGGAAAUCAUCUGAAAAGUUCCUAUGACAGAGACAUCCUCGAUGAUUGCCUGGAGGACGGUUACUACACCAUCCGCUACAGAGAGCGAAAUAGGAAGUGGAUCUACCAGACAUGCCCGACAAGAGACACAGUCAUCGACAACCUCACCCCUGACACGCCUUAUGAGUUUGGUGUCCGAUCCAACAAGGAUGACCGCACUGGUGGCUGGAGUAAAGCGAUGAUCCACAGUACUAAACUGGCAGGUAAAAAAACACAGAAGCCCCCCAAGCUGCAUCUUCCCCUGGUGAAGCCUCUGAAUCCUUUUCGGCCUCGUGCUCUCUUCCCACCACGUCCAGCAUUCCACAACCGGACACAAUCUCGGCUUCCUUCACUGCUGCACAGUGCCGCUCUCCCAGUGAAUGGACACCGGGAUUUCCCCCCCAUCAAGCCUGCCUUGUGGACCCGACUUCGUCAAGGAUCUCUCAAUAAGAAAACAAACCUGCUCGGAAAGCCAAAUCAAUCUGAAAAGAAUAGCAACCAGAAACACACGGACAAAUUGGCAGUCCUCAAGCCCAAAGUCCCAGCCACCACUGUCAAACCAACCACUGCCAGGCCAGUCAAGUACGAACGAAAAUACAUGACAACUAUGUCACCCACAACCGCAGCCCCUCCGCACAAAUCAUGGGAAGACUCCGACUUGUUUCAGUCGCAGCCAGCUUCAGACGUUGACGCCAUGGGCAAAAAGCGUUACGUUGCACCUCACGUCAUCUACCAAACGGGCAAGAAAGCAGACGAGCCGUGUUCUAUUACUUCGUCCUUGAACUUCUUCCCUGAGGAUGUACGCAGGGACGCCAAUGUGACGACUGCACCCAAGUUGCCACCCACAAACCUUACUGUGUUUACGGUGGAGGGAUGUCCUUCCUUCAUCAUUCUGGACUGGGAGAAGACAAACAAUGAAACUACAGAGUAUGAAGUCAUCUCAACCACCAAUGGACCUGACGGUGAGAAAGUUUCCAUUUUGACCACCGACCAGACGCAUACAGCAGUGGAAAACCUCAAACCUGAAAGCAGUUAUGAGUUUAAGGUGACACCAAAGAAUGACUUAGGUGCAGGCCCAUCCAGUGAACCUGUGUCUUUCAACACCGAGUCAGCGGACCCAAGAGUGAGUGAGAACGUUUCAGGAAAGGAUGCCCUCUGGACGCAAUUCCCCUUUAAGGCAGACUCAUACUCCAAUUGUAACGGGAAACAAUACGUCAAGAGAACAUGGUACCGCAAGUUUGUAGGAGUCCAGCUGUGCAAUUCGCUCAGAUACAAGAUCUACUUAAGUGAUUCGCUACAUGGCCAGUUCUACAACAUUGGAGAUGAAAGCGGCUUUGGGGAGGACCACUGCCAGUUUGUCGAUUCCUUCUUGGACGGAAAAACUGGACGACAAGUGAAUGCUGCCCAGCUACCAUCUAGAUCUGGUUUUUAUCGAGCAGUUCGACAGGAGCCCGUACAAUUUGGCCCAAUGGGUGGACAUUCUCACGUCACCUAUGUAUCUUGGUAUGAGUGUGGAACUCCCAUCCCAGGAAAGUGGUAAACCAUGACUUUGUGCCAUGGUAUAGUCCACUUAAUGACAUUAUUUUAUGAAGCUGGCGAGCGUUCUGCCUGGAGUGGAAUUCUUUCAAAAACACAAAAAACAAAAACUCAUUACCUCAUUAGUGUGGACAUGAGACUUUAUUUGCAAUUUGCACAUCAUAAAUGUCUUUUUUGGGGAAACAGAAAAUGUACUGUAAAUGUUUUAUCGCUAAAGAAGGAGAGAAAGGAGAGAAAAACUGUCCAUUUUGCUCACUGUCAACUGCAAAUGGGCAACAUUCAUAUAGUGUACAGUGUACAUGUAAAUACGCUAUCAGUACUGUAUGUUCAAUCAAAUACAUAUUUGUAUGUUCAAUCGAAUAUAAGGUAAUUUUCCUUCUUUCAUUUUCUGACGAUUGGUUCAUGGGUUUUAAAUGAUGACGUUGCAAUAAUAUAGAACCAUUAACUGGGUCUAAAUGUUACAUUUACAUCGUGUAAGUUUAAAAAGCAGAAUGAUGAUGUUUUUUCUCUGUAAAUAUGUACCUUUCAUCAUGGACUAUAUGUUGGAUGCUUUCUUAAAGUUAUUUCUAUUUACUAUUAAAUGUUCAAAAUGUAUGUAGAAUGUAUUUUGCGCCAGAAACAGAUGUGUAAAUGUUCUUUAGUUGGCAUGAAAACACAGGAUAGUCUUUCCCUUUAUUUUACAGUGAAAUAAGGUUGUUUUGUUUUGUCUGCACAAAUAAAGACUUACUGAGUAGCCUAUGUUUAAAUGUCUGAGCAUGUUCUUGUGUUUCUUGCUGCAGUACA